UUUAGUUUCCCAAGGUUAUAGUUGAAGUUUUAUGCAUUUUACUUUGUUGUUAUUGUAAAUAAUUUGUAUUUACUAUUUAUUAUCUUUACAUAUAAGGCUAGAAACGCGCUUAUUAAAUUUUACCGUGUUGUUUAGGUGUUAAUGAAUUAUUUCCGUCAAUCGCUGGUACAAUAAUGUGUUUUUCAGGCUGUCUCGGUGACCUGGUGCGGUAGAGAGGGAGGGAGAGGAAGGGGCGUGGGGCGCGAGAGAGGGGGCCGGCCACCAUGUCCUCGCAGCAGUUCUGCCUGCGCUGGAACAACCACCAGCCCAACUUGGUGUCGGUGCUGAAGAGCCUGCUGAACAGCGAGUCGCUGGUGGACGUGACCCUGGCGGCGGAGGGCAGACACCUACAGGCCCACAAGGUGGUCCUGUCCGCCUGCAGCUCGUACUUCCAGACUCUGUUCACCAUCAACCCGUGCCAGCACCCGAUCGUCAUCCUGAAGGACGUCAAGUACAAUGACCUGAAGACCAUGGUGGACUUUAUGUACUUCGGAGAAGUGAACGUGUCCCAGGAGCAGCUACCGGCAGUUCUGAAGACGGCGGAGAUGCUGAAGGUGAAGGGGCUGGCGGACAUGCCCGAGCAGAGCCUCGGGGGCUCCAUGCAGGUCUCCAAGUCCCUGAGCGUGUCCUCGGACAGGGCGGAGCUGUUCGCGUCGGGGGAGAUGAACUGGUCGUCGUCGGAGCUGCCCCGCCGCAGCGCGUCUCCCGUGUCCCCGUCCACGCGCCGGAAGAGGCUCCGCAAGUCGUCCACCGGCUCGGGCUCCGGCUCCACGGAGCGAACGUCGGAGGACGCGCCCUCUGAGGUGCUCCUGAUCCCGUCGCCGGCGGUGGUGAAGCCGGAGGCAGCCCCCGGCGCGCUCGGGAACAGCGCGCAGGGCGCCAGCACCGACUCGGAGCCCCGGGAGGGCUCCCAGGACAGCGUGGAGGACGACCCGGACCCCCUCGUCAUGAUGUCGCAGGACUGCAGUGUCGAGGCGAGGAUGGCGGACCCCGGCGGAGUCCCAGUGCCGUCCUACAUGGGAGCCCAGCACCAGCAGCUGUCCGCCCAAGGUCUCCCCUGGACCUUCCUGGAGCACGGUUACCCGCGCCUGGCCGGUCUGCACUGCGCCGCCGAGACCCCUCCUCCCUGCGCCGCGCCGCAGUUCCCCGGGCCCCCGGCGCCGUGCGACGGCCAGCCGCGGCGCAAGCGCAGCGUCAACCCGCAGGCCGGGGAGAACUUUGUGCGUGCACUGGAGGCGGUGCGCCUCGGCGGGGUCGGGUUCUGCAAGGCGGCGCGCAUGUACGGCGUCAACAACCGCACGCUCUGGCUGGAGUACAGGAGGCGCGGCUACCCGGUGACGCGCCCCAGCAUCAGGAGCCGCGCCAAGCAGGAGCCAUCGCCCGCGCCGAUGGCCCCUCUCCCCCCUCCUCCCCCGCCCCCACCGCCCCGGACGAUGGUCGCCCCUCCGGGCGAGGGCUUCGCGGACUCGCGGUCGCUGCAGUUCGCCCACGCCCACCCCCACCCCCCGAGCCCCGCCCCGCCCCGGCACGGAUACCACAUGGGCCUGUCCCCCCCGGCCAUGAGCGUUCACGGCGUGCACUUCAGUGCGAUGCUCAACUAACGCUCGGUCCGGCGUCAUCAAAACAAUUUGUUUCUCUGUAGUUGCUUUUAUUAAAACUGCUGGUGCGUUAAUUCACUCUGUGUACUCUUCGUACCAAUAAUGAUAUUAUUUAUAGGCUUAUAACAAACUACAAUAAUCCACGAGGGUUAUUUUUUUUUCAACCUCCGAUCGACUGUAAUAAAAAAACGGGAAUGAAUUGGGAAAUUAUUUUAAUGUCAAAAAAAACGUACAUCUUUACUCUAUUUUUCCACAUAAUCACCGUGCAGAUUGAGGCAUUUGUCGUACCGAUGCAACAGCUUUCCAAUACCCUCUGCAUAAAAUGAUGCCUCCUGCCUAUUCAGCCACGUUUUAACAGUGCUCAUUCGGCGAUGGAUUUCUGCUGCAGUGUGCCCUUCUGCCUGUAAGAAACGGAUGACUCCACGCAGCUCGCAUUUCGUCGUACAGUUUAUCGUUGCAGCCAUGUUGAUAUUCCCAUAACCAAGCUUCAACUGAGGUGUGAGUUGGCCGCUCCACAUGGUUGGUGGAAGGGGGUAAACACUACGAGACGUGUCGAUUCGUGUACGAGCGAUUAGGGUAUCGAUUAAUGGGCAUGCCAUGGAGAAAUGAAACUGUAAUCACACUGCAGGGCACUGUUAAAAUGUGGCUGAAUAGGCAGGAGGCAUCAUUUUAUGCAGAGGGUAUUGGAAAGUUGGUGCAUCGGUACGACAAAUGCCUCAAUCUGCACGGUGAUUAUGUGGAAAAAUAGAGUAAAGAUGUACGUUUCUUUUGACAUUAAAAUAAUUUCCCAAUUCAUUCCCGUUUUUUUAUUACAGCCGAUCGAAGGUUAAAAAAAAAAUAACCCUCAUAUAUUUGAAUUCCAACAGUGUUUAAUUAUAAAUUGUGAUUUAUGUCUGUCAUAUCUAUAUUAUUUUUCCUUCAAUUGUUCUCUUUAACACUUAAUGAUAUGAUUUUACCUAUAUGUUUUAUGUGUUAUGUGUUAUGGUUCUUUAACCUUUGUUAGUGUUUUGUCUGUUUUGUUAUCAUCACUGUUAGUGUGUGGUACUCUUGCUCUCGUUUGCUGGCCAUCUGUAGAUGUUUUCCUCCUAUGGUACCGACGGAGGUGGGAGUCCAUACACUGGUAGUGAUAACUGUGUUCCUGUUAUUACAUGUAGUGCCCUCCACUAAAGUCCACUACUGUUGGUGGGCAUGUGACAAAUUACAAAUAAAUAAUAAAAUAUGUAGAAACAAAGUAGAACAUUUUUUGCUGGAUAUUUUUUUUUUACUGAUGGUGAUUACGGAUGGUGUCUGCAGCUCACGAAUGUUACUAAACUCAACUGGUAAGACCGUUCGUGAACGUCACGAAAAAGUCUCUCAAUAAACUGUAAUGGUUCUGGAAGUCACACGAAACUUUGAUUUACAAGACAGCCUUUUGCUAACUACGUAUUUGCGUUUUGUUUGGACGCCGCACUUCAGUUUACGUUACUCACGUUAAACAAGACUAGUUGGAGACCGGUCUACUUGUAUCGUGUGGAAAUUAUCCCUGAAAAUGUUUUAUCUUUCAAUCAUAAAAGUUGUUCCAUUUUUAUUACGUUUUAAGUUUGCGGAUUAUAUAUAAAAUAUAAACCUCUGAUAUAAAAGGUUUAAAAAAAUUUUAUAAAAUACUUUUAAAAUGUCUUGAAAUUUAUUCAUCGGGUAAUUGUAGACGUAUUGUAAUGUACAGUCUGUAUUAACUUGAAUGUAAGACACAGUAGAAAUAAAAGAUGGAUCUUUCUUUUGAUCUGUGUUUUCUCUGAAAGAAGAUUUGCUACUAGUAUUGUUACACUUUGUUUGUAAUAAGUGAAUGUUAACUGUGGUGCCAUAAGCAUACAACCAACGCCACAGCGGUGUCCAGCAGGUUUUUUUGCUCAGGCUGUGUUGGUCAGUCUCGCUGAUUUAGCAUUUACUGUUAGUAAGAACGGGUUGUUCUUUGACUUUUAACUAGAGACAAAAAUUUUAUGGUUUUAGUUCAGUCCAAUUUCGUUUUUUAAAACAGAGGAUUUUGGUGUUAAUGUUUUUAUUUUUAUAAAUGCUUUUUUGUAAUACUUACUCCACCAAAACAGUGGUAAAAUUUAUGUGCUGCAUUUUUACGAUAAAACAAUUUGUAAUAAAUUGGUCUAAAAUAGAUACAUUCAAAACAAUAAAAAUAAAUUAAUGAGCAUGUGUGUUAUAAAACGGAUUUAAUAAGAGGUUCACAAUGAAACAAAUUAAAUUAAUUUUUCUGAUCCAUGCACUUUGAUACAAAUUUUUGUCUGGAAAAAGAAGAGACUUUCCUUGAAUUUCAAAUGCUAAAAGAUUACUUUUUUUUUUAUGAUUUGAAUAAAGUUUUGGUUAAAUGCUACUUAAUUCACAUGAUAUGACUUGCAUUUUGGUGCUGCAUUGUAGAUUAACUUUCAUAUCUGUGUUAUGCAGUGUUCUGACAUGUGCUUUUCUGUGUUACUUCGGUUUUAUCGCAAUCCACCUGUUGCGCGAAGAGAUGUGGACUGAAAUAAUUAGCGGUUGCAACAUUUGUAAGCAACUAAACUAUAGUUUGAUUGAAACGAGUCGCGAUAAUAACCAACGUCGACUCACCGCCAUGUUGAUUAUCAGACUGUCCUCUUCCUGUGCGCAGGUGCACCAACCUACUUCCUGGCCACUCCAGAGUGACCAACCACAAUGCCCUGCAGGGCGGGAAGUUUAAAAUGUUCACUACACUAAACAUGCUCAAACUAUAUACACGGAUAGUCGGAACACCACCAUAUGACCUUGUCCCUACAUAUAAUGUAUUUGGUGUCUUUCUGCUUAGGCAACCUGCGAUAAUAAGAAUUUUAUCUUAAUUUGAAAGUUGACUAGCCAUAUCCUGUUUUACUAUUUUAUUAAAUAAUUAUUCUCUUUUAUUUAUUUUUUUUAUAAUUUUUAUUAAUUAUUUAUUAAUUUUUAUUAAAUAUAUAUGUAUGAACUAUGGAAAAAAAAUUUGAAGCUGGGCACUUAUAUAAAAUGUUUAGUAGUUUGUCUGCAAAAGUAGGAAGUCAUUGAAACCACACCCAGUUUUCAAAUAUAAAUAAUUAAUCAGGGGUGUCUUGGAAAUAAAUAUAAAUUCAGUAAAUAUAUAAAAAAAAGUAUUGAUUGCAAGAAACCAUCAGUUGUAUAACACUCCCAAAUUUCUGAACCAAAAAGCAGUCAUUCCGAGUGGGAAUGAAUUACAACAAAUGUAACAAGAAGCUGUAGUUAUAGUGAAUUUUAACUAACCCUCUCAAACUACUGCUGAAAAAAAUUAUUUUUAAUAAGUUAUGUUCUUUUCCUUUUGUUGUUUUUUUAUUGCAUGAUACAGUGGACCCUCCCCCCCACGAAGGAGGUUGGAUUCCGUAAAAUGCCCCCACCCCCGGUUCCCUCUUUUAAAAUUCCCAAAAACCGCUCCCUUAUACUUAAGAGCUGGAUAUGCCCUUGCUUCCAGGCAUUAGUUUUCUGUUUUUUAUUAUAGUAACCUUUGUAAACAACUAGUGAAAUUCUUUUGGUUGUUUCAAAAUGUUAGUUGUGUAUGAAAUGCUUAAAUGUUAAAUGCUUCAGUGACUAGUGGUAACUUUUGAAUAGCAAGUAGUUGAGAGAAAAUGUGUUUUUUUAUAACAUGUAUACUGUACAUAUUGUAAAGAAAAGUUUGUAUUGGCUGCGAUUCGCAUAUGGGGAGGUUCCGGAAGGUAAUGAUGUGAGAUGUAAGUCAAGAAUUUUACAGGUUUUAGGUUUCCAAUUCAAACAGUAAUCUGAAAGUUUCAGAGGUGAAAUUUGUAGCUGACUGAAAGCUUCAAAACUUUUGACACGCACCAUUAUGUUCCGGAGACUUCCAUGUGGGAGAGAUUUGUUUCAUGAGUGUUAAGCAUAGUUAAAGUCUCAUAGUUAACAAAGUUUCACGUAAUUUGUGUCUACAGUGCAUAAUAUUAUACAAAAAUGAUCUCUACAAUAAAAACCAAUGUAAAUUAAAAUGACAAAAAAUAAAAAUUUAAUUUAUUAUUAUACCUUUAAAAGUUGUGUUCUUUUAAUGACUUGCAUAAUAUAGUUUGGGAAAUUUUAAUGCUUUAUUGUAUUUAAAAUAAGUUUAAAAAUUAAUAGUGCGUUUGAAACUGAUAAAGUAAUAGACUCGUCUUUGAGUUGUCUGCCAUUUAAAAUAUAGACACACUCAUCACUGACAGACUUUGUAACACUGUAUGAAUUCCGUUUUCAUGCCUUCACAGUAUGACAUUUUCAUUGUUCUUUCCUCAUAGCAUUGCUGUGAAGUCCCUUGGCAAAGAUAAUAUGCAUGGGGGCUAGGGCUGUGCGAAUGUGACUUUUUCAAUGCAAAUCAAAUGUGAAUCAAAUAUUUGCGAAUAGCGAAUAAUUUGUGAAUAUUUUCUAAUUAAGUUCUAAGUAUAAAUCUGAAUAAUUACAGUCAAAAUUUGGCAUAUUAUAAAAUGUUGUUUAAAAGAGUAAUGUUCUUUAGCUUUAUACGUACAUGUACAUUUUUAUUACUCAAGUAACGUGUAAAUUUUUAUGUCUCUUCUAAUGUUUUAGUAAUAAAACACAAUCAGUGAUAUAGAAAUGUCUUCAUCAAAAGCCAAGCCUACACCUUGCCAUCAACAUUACGUAAAUUGCAGUGCAAAAAUACCAAUUCCUUUACAUGUUCUGGAUUCAAGCAUUGCCUCUUGGAAGUGACAAUGUUCCCAGAAGCAGAAAAACAACGUUCUGAACUUCACUUCUUCUGAAAAUUAAAAACCUCAAAAAAGUUUAUGAAAGUAAACAGAUCUUCGAUGUAUCAGUUUUAUUUUUCGCAAUAAAUAGUCAAGCGAUUACCAAUCAAUAUAUUGAAGAGUUGUUUAUUACAACUGCUCGUAAGCAUGGUCAAUAUUCCGUUCUCAGAGUCUUUUGGAAUCAAACGUGUCAAGGCAAAAUAAUUUUUAAUGAAUUUUGUUGAUCGUGUCUUUUUAAUUUUAUCUAAUUAUUUACGUAACAUUUUUGGUAGUUUAAAAAGCGAUUGUGCUGGAGCAAUUCUAGCAACACAAUUCUCUGGCCAUGGGCCGCUCUGCUGGCCAUAACCACAAACGGACACGUUUUCUUUUUUGCUGUAGCCAUGAUGGCAGCUGUGUUUACUUUUCUAUCGUUAAAAAAAAUUCUCUAGAUUUGUAUUAGUAAAAUUAAUAGAAUGGUGAGCAAAGAGUAUGUGUGCAUUAGUUUUUAAAGGUUAUUAUUGUAAGCUGAUAAGCUGGCAUUGUUUUAAAUAGUUUUACACUUUUAUAUGGCACAUGGCUCGCCCAAAAAUUGUGCUAAGGACAACUGGAUAUAAUAAAUUAAUUAUGCUACACAUCACGUAAAGUUUUUAUGAAAAUCGUAAGCAUUUAUGAUAAUUUUCACGCUACAUUGGCUUUAACUGUUCUCAGUAUGCCAAUUUACCUAAUAUAAAAUUUGAUGUAAGUAAAGGUCCGCUUACAGUUUUUUUUCUUCCAUUAAGUCUCUCGGGAAAAUGAUUUCUCGAGGUUCGACAUAUUAUUGUAUCACACGUUUUGUCAAACAAAAGUAAUAUUUUAAUACAUUCGAAAAGUUUCGAAUAUUUGAAAUUUUCAAAUAUCUAAUUUGGUUUCGAAUGUGAAUCGAAUCAAAUAUUUGAUUCGCACGAAUAUUUGCAAUUUCGAGUAUUUGCACACCCCUAAUGGGGGCACAUAGCGUCGUAUUUUUGACAAGGCCGAUAGUUUCAGCAUUUUUCAUUGCGUUUGCAAAUAUGAAUCUACCAAACGCUGUUGUGUCAA